AUGUCUUCCCAACCCACCACAACCCCAACUCAACAAGCGACCAAAAAACCCUCUUCCACACUAACCGCGCUCUCCAUCCUUACCGUUCUCAUCGCAGUAUCUCUCGCCUUUUUCAUAGGCUACAAUACCAACAACAACAAUAACAAGACAACAGAGGAGCAGCACCUGACCUCCCAAACCGCCAAUCUGUUCGGUCUUAAACGUUUCUUCACAACUACUACUCCCGCAGUUAGCAGGGAGAUCUCAAAGACAGCAGCGUCCCGCAAGACUGCUGGUGGCAGUAGUAGUGAGAAGAUGAGUCGAACUCCGAUUUACUUUUUGAGCCAUGGGGGUCCGAAUGUCAUGUACCAGACGGAUCACCCGGCAUAUAAGAAGCUGGGCCAGAUUGGGAAGGAGAUUACGACUAAGGUGAAGCCGAAGGCUGUGGUAGUUUUCUCGGCGCAUUGGCAGGCAGGUAGGGAUAUGAUUCAGGUUAAUACGGCGGAGAUUACGGAUUUGAUUUAUGAUUUCUACGGUUUCCCCAGCCAUUAUUACAAGGAGAAGUAUCCCAAUGUGGGGAGCAGGGAGGUUGCGAAUAAGGUGCUUGAUCUACUCGGAAAAGCGGGCAUCAAGGCGGAAGGUGUGAAAAGAGGAUUGGAUCAUGGCGUGUGGGCAAGUUUCAAGUGUGCGUUCGAGCCUGAGUCGAACCCGCUGAACGUGCCCAUUGUGCAGGUUUCGCUGUUCAACAAUGAAGAUCCUGUCGCGCAUUACCGGCUCGGACAGGCCGUGUCUAGCCUCCGCGAUGAAAAUAUCCUCAUCAUCGUCUCCGGAAUGGCGGUCCACAACCUGCGCGAUCUGUGGUUCUCCAGGAACGAUUCGCGACCGCUGCCGUACACUACCAGCUUUGACGAGGCGUUGAAGAAAGCGGCAACGGCUCCCCCGGCGGAAAGAGAACAGGCUAUGGCGGAUCUGUUGAAGAGACCCGAUGCUCGGCAGGCACAUCCAACUUUUGAGCAUCUGCUUCCCAUCCACAUUGGCGCCGGAGCUGCGGGAGACGAUGUCGGCAAGAGGCUGUGGACGAUGGGUGAGGGCAGUAUGAGCUGGGCGCAGUUUAGAUUCGGUCAGGUAGCCAACAGUAGUAGUUCUCUGUGA